AUGGUUGAAGUGGCCCAGCGGCUCCACAGACAGGCAAUGGAAAUAAAGAGUCAGAAUCCCAGCUGUGCUCACCAGGUCUUGACUCACUUCUGUGAAGACGACCUGCAGCUGCUGUGCCUCCAGUGCACCAGGUCUGAGAACCACAACGGCCAUCAGGUGACACCCAUUGUACAGGCUGCCUCUCAUCACAGGCAAAGGUUUCAAGACAUCAUCCAGUCUCUGAAGAUGCAAAUAAAAGACGUUGAAGGGUUAAAAAACAUUCAAAACGAAAGAAUCCAGACCUUCAGGGAGAAGGCAGAAGCCCGGAGGCAAGAACUGACCUCUGAAUUGGAGCAGCUCAACCAACUUUUGCUUUGGGAUCAGCAGGCAGCUUUCUCCAGGUUAAAGGAUGAGGAGCAGGAUGUCAAGCAAAGACUGAGGGAAAACAUAGUGGUGUUUGAAAACUAUAUUUCCAAACUCAGAGGUUUCAUGAGCCACGUGGUGACCGGCAGAGCACAAUCGGAUUCAGAAUUGCUGUCAACAGUCAAGGAUUUCUACAAGCACUUUCAGAGUCUAAGGAACCCAGCCAUUUUCCCAGCUCAGUUAAGAAGAGAAACAUACAACUUUCCUCUCCUGUGUUCAGCUCUACAAAAAGUUAUACAGCAAUUUACAGUUAACGUAACUCUAGACCCAGAAUCUGCCCAUCCCCAACUGCUUGUUUCUGAGGAUAAAAAGUGUGUCUCAUUGUUAAAGAAAAAGCAACACACUCCUCAUUCUUUGAAAAGGUUUACCAACAGCCCUGUUGUGUUGGGGUGUCCAAAUUUUAAUUCUGGGAGACAUUUCUGGGAGGUGAAGGUAGGAGAGAAGCCUGAAUGGGCUAUUGGUGUCUGCAAAGCCAAUCUGUCCACUGAGGCAAGGUGGUCCUCUGUCCCUCGGGGAUGCUGGAGGAUUGUCUGGCAGGGUGACUGCUUUGAUGUCUCAGGAGCUGAUUCAAACUUUCAGCAGGCCACAAGAGCCAAACGCAUUGGCAUUUUCCUGGACUAUGAGCUGGGAGAGGUUUCCUUCUAUAGCAUGCCCGAGAAAUCUCACAUCUGUACUUUCAGGGACAACUUUACUGGGCCUGUUUGCCCUUACUUCUACCUAGGACUUCAUUCAGAACCUCUUACACUCUGUUCUGUCACAGAUUUCACAGGGUGGCCUUAA